AUGGACUCCAAAAAUUCUACCAGCUCCACUAGUUCUGGUUUUAUUAUUUUACCAACCAGUAACGACAUCAUAUCGGCGGCAGCCUUCUAUAUACUGACUUCUGUUCUGCGUGGCAAGGUCCUAAAUUGGCUUUUCUUCGCCCUGUGCAGCAUUGCCUUUACCGUUCGGGCUUACAUCCGCUUUGUCUGCUUUCACCGAUUAUUCCUUGAAGAUUACCUCAUGCUCUUCGCCUUGAUCAUUCAUAGUGGGGAAGCCGUCCUCAUCCAGCUAUUUGUACAAAAUGCCUACGACUUAGAAGCUGUUGAGAAGGGUGACUUGUCCAAGCUUCUCGAACCAAAUUUCUAUCCCAACUCCAAGAAAGCUUUCGUUGCAAUAGGGACAUGUGUCAAUCUCACCAUUGUGGGUGUCCUAAUCGUCAAGCUCAACUUCUUGAUUUUCUUCCGCCGCCUCGGCGCAAAUAUCCAUGGUUUCAAUAUCGCCUGGUGGGCUGUCCUAGUCUUUACGGUAGCUAGCGCAAUUGCGCAGAUUGGAAUGCAGGAAUUCGGCUGCUUUUUCGGUGAUCUCACCUACAUUUUUAGUGAGCACUGUACCGAUUCGACUGCCUUGAAACGCAUAUUCUUCAACGCUAUAUUUUCAGCCUCAGUGGAUGCUCUGUCCGACUUUUUCAUCAUUGGUUUACCAGUUCCCAUUCUCUGGAAAAGUCGUAUCAGCACGCAGAAGAAAUUGAUCCUGACCUUGAUUUUCGGUCUCGUAUUUCUCACUAUUGCUAUCACAAUCGUUCGUGGUAGUGUUUUCCAUCAGGUCUAUAACAGUGGCACUUCCACUGGAAAAGGGCAGAUGCAGAGUGCGACAUUCACUUGGUUCUGGUUCUACUGCGAGUUCAGUGUUGCCUUUAUCAUAGCUUGUAUUGUCUCCUUCCGCACACUGUUUGUUCAAAGAAGAAAGGAGGCCGAUAAACACGAACAGGAGCAACAACGGCGCGAGGCAAUCUAUAAAAGCGCCAUUCGCAGAGGUUUGUGGGCCAGGGCCCGCCAUCUCCACGACAGCGUGCUAGACACGUGCAAAACUUUGGAAGGCUGGUCCAGCAGUGAUGGUGCGAUCUCCAUGCGCGAACUACCAGUGGUGCCAACGGGCCUUAUGACGGUGAAUUUCGACGAAGAUAGUAAUUGGAGAAGGACUGUGAUUACAAAUGGCACUAAUUACACAAAGAUUACUGAGGGGCGAUCUUUAUCAGAAUAG